AUGACUAAUUACAUAAGCCAAACGGUUGAUGUUCUCGAUUGUUACGAAGGGCGUGAUGCUGCCAUUACAUUUACGCUUUAUUUUUGUUGCUUAUUGAGUGGUUUUUACCCACGAAAAUCAAAUUUACAUCGAUCUCUACAGCGUGUUUUUAAACGGCUUGAAGAUUGUCGUGUUGUCUUACGUCUGUACGAUGACUUGACUAUUCUUCGAGAUUUGUUCACUUACGAAUUGAGACCUGGAGAACGAAAUUGGAUUGUUCGUUUUUUGAAAUGUCUCCAUUAUAUUGCAUGGCUUGGUUACUAUCCGUCAGAACAUAUUGCUUGGCUUGGAGAAAUGAAAAUGUUAGAUGUCGAUGCUAAAUUAUGGGAUUUUUAUACAAAUUUCUUCUGGGCCACAGCUUUACUUACUUCAGCUCUCUGGAAUGCUUAUGUUGUUUUAGAAUAUAUGGUACAACAAAGUUAUGUUCCAGAGAAAAAGGAAGCAGAGAAAAAAUCAUUUAUCCCAUGGACUGCCGCGCGUAAUGCAGUGUUAGCAACUGUUCGCGAUGGUACUGAAUUUAUGGUUGCUGUUAAUUAUUUACCACGUGGUUAUUUAUGGGCAUCAACAUUGACCUUCAUUCAAAUGGGCGCGUUUGGCACAUGUUCAGCUUUCUUACGUCUUCUUGCACUCUUCAAAUUUCAUCAUGAUCAUUGA